GUAACUGGAGAUCAGCUAAGUGCCUCAGGGAAUCCACAUGAAAUUGAAUUGCUUUUACCAUUCCUCGAAGAUAAAUCGAUGGAAGCAUGCAGCACAAAGGAGGUGGCUGGCCUUCUUGUAUUGUAUGGAUCAAUUUAUGCGUCUGGACACUUGGGUCCUAAGGAACCUGUUUCACAAGCUGUAUCUGAUAUUAAGGGGGACAUUAUCACCAGUUUAAGAAGUAGACUCGAUAUUAUCUGUGAUGAGGCAGAGCAAUAUUCAGGAUCAAAUUCUGAAGGUGGAGGGAGUCCAUUUGAUGGGAAGUCUUCUUCGAACUCUUUGAACCCUCUUUUCCUGCAUGAAUGGAGACAACCUUCCAAUCUUCCUUUCCCUAGAAGGGUUCUGUUUCCUUGGAUUGAAGGUAUCUUUAUCUGUGAUUAUUUACAACCGUCAGAGUCAUUUGAGGAUGUUAAGGUUCACGGCAAAGAGUUGAUGUCUAUGGAGGAUGAAAUGAACCCUUCGGAUAUACUGGAAGUUGAAAUUAAGGGUCCGACUUUGGCUAUGAGACCUUUCUGGGAUGUAGUUUCAUGCAAUUCAUUAGCAGAAUUGGAAGAGAGGAGAAGGAAGAGCAAGGAUGUGUCCUCGACAGGAACGGGCGGUCAAAGAGUCACAAAUCAUAGUAAUUUAAAUCUUUUGGCUGCUCUGGCCAUCCUUCUUUUGGCAAUCUUGAUUGGCGUGGGAAUGAUUUUGAGUGGCCCAAAAUCCAUAUAGCUCAAUCAAAUGCUGUUUCAAAUUUUUGUAAUUUGGUUUUUUGUUUUUUUCACAAUAGAUGGAAUUAGGGUGGUGUCUAAUUCCAUUCAAAGUGGCUUGUAUGCUUUGGAUGCGUUCUCGUGAACAUUGUGUUUAUUUUGUGUCGUGAUAAAACCUCAAAAAUUUUCUUGGAAAUGAAUGACAUUUGCCCUGAUAUAAGAUGCAAGUGCGUGAAAAA